AUGAGAUUCAACGACUGCAGCGACGAGGAGGAGUCAUAUUAUAGCUACGGGAGCGCCCACACGCUUGAGAAGGCCGUAUGCGAUCCAAUGAACGCGGCGGAUACGACGUCAAACGACCACGGCUCGUCGCUCGCACGAGCCGUCAACGACUACCCCAGCGGCCCUCCCUCGUAA